AUGGACGGGAGCGUUACCGUCCUGGACGCGGACUCAGGGGCGGUCCUGGCGGGCAGCCGCCCCCACACCAAGUAUGUCGUCCGCGCCUGCUUCGACCCCUUGGCAGGCGGCGUCAUCGCGACCGCCAGCUUUGACCAGAGCUGCUGCCUGCUGCGGCUGGUUGCGGGUGCAGCUGGGGGCCUGGAGCUGCAGCUCAUGCGGCAGGUCCAAUACGGCGCCGCCGUCCAAGACGUUGCCUUUCUGCCCCCUCCCCGUUCAGCCCUCGCCCCCGCUGCGGCUGCCGCGACGCCAGCCGGCGGCGGCUGUUCCGGCGCAGGCGAGGGCGAGGGCGCAUCGCGCGUCCUGGUGGCGGUCAGAGAGGCGGGGUGCCUCUGGAGCCUGGACGCGGGGAGCGGCGAGGACCUCCCCCAUAUCCCCCUGCACGGCCGCGACGACGACCACCUGAAAAUCUCGCCCAUGCGCCUGGCGCUGUCCCCCUGCGGCAGGUACCUGCUGGUGGCGCUGGACGGCCCGCGGCUGCUGGUGCUGCGCACCGCGGACUGGUCCCGCCUGCGCGCCAUCUACGGCCUCAACGUGCCCCAGUACCACAACCACGCGGUCGCGUGGCACCACGACGCCGCCUAUGUCUACGCGUCGGCUGAGAACGCGUCUGUCCACGUGUACCAUGUCGGCACCGGCAAGCUGGCCGCGCGCCUGGAGGGGCGCCACCGCGUCAACGUGCGCGACCUGAACGUGGACUGGGGGCGCAACCUGCUGGCCACGUGCUCUUUUGACAAGAGCGUCAAGGUGUUUGGGUGCCAGCAGUGA